AAUCCCAAGUUUGAUUCAUCAGGCGCGGUAGUGAUGAUAUGAUGGAUCCCAAGCUGCUCAGAGCCGCAGGCCGCGGCGACUGCGCGGUGCUUGAGGCUCUACUUCUGGGCGCCGCCGCCGCCGCCGCCGCGACGCCAAACCAGCAAGUUGCCAUCGACGUCGGCUCCGGGCAACAAUCGCCGCUCCUCCUGGACGCGGCGACGACACCACAGGGAGACUCCGCGCUACACGUGGUGGCGGCCUCCGGCGACGGCGAAGGGUCCCUGCGCUGCGCGCGCACCAUCUACAGCCACGCCGCGCGCCUCCUGGACCGCCCCAACGCGAGGGGCGACACGACGCUGCACUGCGCCGCCAGGGCGGGCAACGCGGCGAUGGUCAGGUGCCUCCUCGACAUGGCCAGGGAGGAGGAGCUCGCCGGCAGCGCGGGCAGGGUGGCCGAAGUGAUGGAGAGGCAGAACGGCCGGCGGGAGACGGCCCUGCACGACGCGGUCAGGCUCGGCGACAAGCAGCUCGUCGACCAUCUGAUUUCGGUGCAUCCCCGGCUUGCCCGUCUUCCCGGCGGCGACGGGAUGUCGCCGUUGUACCUGGCGGUCUCACUGGGCCACGACCACAUCGCAGAGGCUCUGCAUCAGCAAGGGGACGAGCUCUCGUAUGCAGGACCGGCCGGCCAAACUGCCCUGCACGCUGCUGUCCUACGCGGUGCAGAAAUGACAGAAAAGAUGCUGCAAUGGAACGAUGGUCUCUCCGGCGAAGCCGACGCAUCCGGCAGCACAGCGCUCCAUUUCGCAGCCUCAGCGGAGGGACCAGAGAUCGAGCUCGAGAAGAGCUCACUCCUCCGGCGGCUCGCCUUGCGAUGGCCGUGCUCGCGCAAUGGCCGCCGCCGCCGCCGGACAUCGACUCAAGUUCUCCUGAAAGCCGACCCGUCCUUAGCCUGCCGGCCGGACAGCAACGGCGAGUACCCCAUACACGUCGCCGCGUCCAUGGGAAACCUCAAGCUCGUGGCCCUCCUCCUCCACAGGUGCCCGGAGUGCGCCGGCCUCCGCGACGCCCGCGGGAGGACCUUCCUCCACGUCGCCGUCGACCGGGGGAGGGAGGAGAUCGUGGGAUUCGCCACCGACGACAGGCGGAGGCGGGACGGCUCUCAGCUGGCGACGCCCAUCCUCAACGCGCAGGACGACGACGGCAACACCGCGCUGCACCUGGCGGUCGCGAGCGGUGUCCUCAACGUGUUCUGCUACCUGCUGCGGAAUCGCAGGGUUUGCUUGGAUCUUGCCAACAACGACGGCCUCACUCCGGCUGACCUCUCAAGGUGUACCAUUCCCGCUGGGCUUAACUACAAAACGAACGCACGAACGUGGAUACUUUGGUCCCUGGUGGUAGCGAAAGCCCUCAGCGGCAACAUCCGGCGCGAUCACUUCCAGCAGCAGUACGUACCCAAGCUAGACGAGAUCGCCGAGUCCAAGAAAAUGACGGAGUCGACGCAGAUCCUGGGCGUCGGCUCCGUCCUCGUCGCCACUGUCGCGUUCGCGGCGGCUUUCUCGCCGCCCGGUGGCUACGCGGCUGGCGAUGGUAAUAAUAACAAUGGCCGUGGCAACGUCGUCGUCGUCGCGGGCUCUCCGGCGCUGUCGGGGAGGUACGCCUUCGACGCGUUCAUGUACGCCGUGACGGUGGCCUUCACCUGCUCCAUGCUCGCCACGUUCAGCCUGAUCUACGCCGGGACGGCGGCGGUGGACUGGAAGAUCCGGCACAGGUACUUCAAGCACUCCCUGUCGUGGAUGCGCAAGUCGACGAGGAGCUUGCUGGUGGCCUUCGCGCUCGGGGUGUACCUGGUGCUGGCCCCGGUGUCCCGCGCCACGGCGGUGGGCGUCUGCGUCUUCACCACCGGCACGCUGCUGUUCAGGAACAGGGAGGUGGUGCGGAUGCUGAUCUGCGCGUACGUGCUGCAGAGGAGGAUGGGGAUCACGGUGCUCGCGAAGAUUGGGGUCCCCAUCACCGUCGACCUGGUGAAGUCCAAUCUUGUCUACUUGGUCAUCUUCGGUGGGCCCCUUUGCACUCCGCUGUGCGUUCUGUUCUUUGUUUGGAGGCUAGCACCAGUGAUUAUGAGAUACGUCCACAGAAAGUUAAUAUGAUGCGGUGAACAUCUCUGAUGUGAUAUCA